CAGAGCGCACACCGGUUCUUUUCCUUUCUCUCGGCAAGAAUUAAAACUCGUUUUAGUCCCAUUUGGACUAAAAUAACUUCGCAACUUGAACGCGUCUUGUCUGCGCGCGGACUUGCGUUGUAGUUUAGAAAAAAAAAGACAUUGUCAUUGACAAAUUCAAAUUUUAAAGUCUUUUUGGCCCUUGCUGUCAGUUUUUGCAGCUAUUUUGGAAAGGAAAUUUUUAGUGUAUUUUUUACAAUAAAUCGUGUUGUGUGAAAUUUUGGGGUAAUAUUUACCUAAAUAAUAAAAUGGCGUGUACAAAGUGUUUACGUGCCGACGGCAAGCCGGUCAAAAUGCGCAAAGAAAAAGACACAAUGGGUGAACUAGACGUUCCCGAUGAUAAACUCUAUGGAGCCCAGACCGUCAGAUCCAUAAUGAAUUUCCCCAUCGGCGGCAUUGAGGAACGUAUGCCGUACCCGGUUAUCGUGGCUUUUGGUAUCUUGAAAAAGGCCGCCGCGAAAGUGAAUAUCGAAUACGGUCUCGAUAAAAAAGUCGCGGACGCCAUAAUGCAAGCCUGCGAUGACGUGAUCUCCGGAAAGCUGUACAAUGAGGGGCACUUUCCCCUCGUCAUCUGGCAGACCGGAUCCGGCACACAGUCCAACAUGAACACCAAUGAGGUGAUAGCCAACCGCGCCAUCCAGAUCCUCGGCGGCCAGCUCGGCUCCAAGAGCCCCGUGCACCCCAACGACCACGUGAACAAGUCGCAGAGCUCCAACGACACCUACCCCACGGCCAUGCACAUAGCCGUGGCCAUGGAGCUGAGGGACCGCCUCAUGCCCGGUCUGGUCGCCUUGAGGGACACCAUGGCCGCCAAGUCCAAGGAGUUCAGCAAGAUCAUCAAGAUCGGCAGAACCCACUUAAUGGACGCCGUGCCCCUAACGCUCGGCCAGGAGUUCAGCGCCUACGAGGCACAGCUCACCUUCGGCAUCCAGCGAGUCUGCGCCACCCUCCCGCGCCUGCACUACCUGGCGCUCGGCGGCACUGCGGUCGGCACGGGCCUUAACACCCGCAUAGGGUUCGCUGAGAAAUGUGCUGCGGAGAUCGCUUCACUCACUGGCAUCCCCUUCGAAACGGCCCCGAACAAGUUCGAAGCGCUCGCCUCUCACGACGCCAUGGUGGAGGUGCACGGCGCGCUCAACACCAUCGCCUGCUCGCUCAUGAAGAUCGGCAACGACAUACGGUUGCUCGCUUCUGGGCCCCGGUGUGGGUUAGGAGAACUUAUGUUACCCGAGAAUGAGCCUGGAUCUUCGAUUAUGCCCGGCAAAGUGAACCCCACCCAGUGCGAAGCGCUCACCAUGUUGGCGGCGCAGGUGAUGGGCAACCACGUGGCCUGCACCGUGGGAGGCGCCACCGGACACUUCGAGCUCAACGUGUUCAAGCCCAUGAUGGUGGCUAACGUGCUGCGGUCCAUCAGGCUCAUCGGUGACGGUUGCCAGGCCUUCAACAAGGGCUGCGCCACGGGCAUCAAGGCCAACGAGGCCAAGAUCAACCAGAUCAUGCAGGAGUCCCUCAUGCUGGUCACCGCGCUCAACCCCCACAUCGGAUACGAUAAGGCGGCCCAAAUAGCCAAGACCGCGCACAAGGAAGGCGGCACCCUCAAGGGAACGGCCAUCAAACUAGGCAUCCUGACUGAGGAACAGUUCGACCAGUGGGUCCGCCCCGAGGACAUGCUGGGACCCAAGUAAACAACCCAUCGAGACACAAAUAACAUCUACGGAGGGUGCUGAAAUACUGGAGGAAAACCGUUUGAGCUAUAUGGGCAUUUCAACUGUCCACUUUCUUUGUCCAAUGUUUAUUCGCGUCCCACAUUUUGCUUAAUGAGAGAGUGAGACGCAAUGCACACUGGACAAAGAAAUUGGGCAGUUCGAGAAGUGGGUCAGGCCCGAGGACAUGCUGGGACCCAAGUAAACAAUCCAUCGAGAUACAAAUAACAUCUACGGAGGGUGCUGAAAUACUGGAGAAAAACCGUUUGAGCUAUAAGGGCAUUUCAACUGUCCACUUUCUUUUUCCAAUGUGUAUUUGCAACUCAAAUUUUGCUUAAUGAGAGAGUGAGACGUAAUGCACAUUGGACAAAGAAAUUGGGCAGUUCGAGAAGUGGGUCUGGCCCGAGGACAUGCUUGGGAGCUGGGACCCAAGUAAACAACUCAUCGAGAGACAAAUAACAUCUACGGAGAGUGCUGAUAUACUCGAGAGAAACCGUUUGAGCUAUGAGAGUGGUAUAAAACCUGUCCACUUUCUUUGUCCAAUGUGUAUUUGCGUCUCAUAUUUUGCUUAAUGAGAGUGAGACGCAAUGCACAUUAGACAAAGAAAUUGUACAGGUGGAAAUGACAAGCUCGGUUCUCCAUACAAAUGUAGUUCCGCUCUCAUUUUAAAACGACUAGCUGGAUUGCUCUGAAAUUUUGUACUUACAAUAGGAUAAGGUAUAUCUAUGUCUGUUAUUAGUUUACGUAGCUCCUGAUACCAUAGUUUAAAAAAUACAUAUUAAAUAAUAAAUUUUUCAUACAAAACUUGUAUUUGUUUUAUCUCGUUUGUUUUGUAAACUGGACCUAUAUAAACUAAUAACAGACCUAUAUACCUCAUGUCAUUGUUUGUGCAUAGUUUCAUUACAAUCCAAUUUGUAGUGUUAAAAUCAGAUCGAAACUCCGUUUGUAUGGGAAGUUGAAAUUCGGCCGAGCUUGCCGGGGACUCUUAAUAUUGUAACUUGAGUCUCGUUGAGUGCGAAUCUAGUUAAGAUAUCGUAACUAUACAAUUUUGACUACCGUAAGCAGAAACUUCUGCGAACGUUACUCCAAAGUAUUAAAUUAAAGGAAAAAUUGAAAAAUUUACACCUGAAAAAUUUGAACCUGCGAGGCAUUAAGGGAAGGUAUGGAAAAAUUCACACAUCUGGUAUGCCUCCGUGGCUUAAUUGGCAGAAGCGAUUGGACCGGUGUUCCAAUGGUCGCAGGUUCGAGUCCUGCCGGAGUUUUUUUUCCAUUUUUCUUUUAAUUUAAAAAUAUCAAGGAUUACCGUCUUUCUGUAAACAUGAUUUGACGGUUAAAUGAGCUCAAAACGUUAAAGCUAAUAUUUCUCCCUUUUCAAGAUAAAACUGCCAAUUUUAGUAAUUUAAAAAAGGGGAGAAAAGUAAUGAAUACCGUAAAUAAAAUGUGAACAAUCUUUUGAAAAUGUCGAGGACUACAAUAUUCCAGUAUUUUCUUUUUAUAAGCAUCCUAUUAUAAAAUCUAAAUUAAGUAAAUUAUAAAAUCAUGAACUGGAUGUAUAGAAUUUUUAACUGUUAUACCAGUAUUGCUUAUUUUAGCAAAAGUAAAUAAAUGUAUUGUGUUCGCAUUUAUAUGUAAUUUGGGUUAUUUCUGUGUCCUACCUGGUUUUUUUAGAAAACGUUCCUAAGCAAUACCUACAACGAGAAUUAAGUAUAUUUGUACUUACAUCAUUAUUUAUUGUACAUAUGUGACGUUCUCAAUCAAAAGGUACCAUAUUUUCGAUUGCCAUAAGGACGCCCUGACAGGUUAUUCGGUAUAAAGAUACAAGCCAAUUUCGUCUUUAUGGUAAGCGACAAAGUGGUACCUUUUGAUUGAGAACGUCACAUAUGUCUCGAAUAUUUCGAACUUAUUGUAUUGUACAUUUUGUUGAUCCUCAUUUUGUUUUUUCUUUAAGAGUUUUUAUUAUACACCAAUAAAGAUAAUUAUUUGUAAGCAAUAUAUUUAUCUAAGUUAC